AAGUAGACACUGGUCCCAAGAUCACUCCUCCCCUCCUCCUCCUUCCUCCGCAGAGCCGGAGCUUUCUCCCUCUUCAAACCAUGAUCUGGCUCCCAGUCUUCCACGGCGCAUGUUUCCCCUCGGAGCUUGUUCAUGUCAUGACACAGUGCAGCUCAGGAUCGCAGUGGUCCCCUCAGACGCCACUGGAACUCCAAUGCCGAGGACUCUUUUCCAGCGCUUUGAGUUUGGUUACGUGAAAUAUGCGAUGUUCGCAGGAGCGCCCCGUUCUUUUUCUGCUGCACUUUGUUUUUAUUGUGGCCGCCGGUCGCGAAGAUCUCAUCGAUUACAGCAGGCUCCUCUCGCUCUUUGCAGAGCAAGGUCACCUGUCCCAGUCAAACUCAGACCUGUCCAUUGUCCACCCGGUGAAAACCAGCGCUGAUGGAGGGUUCAUCUCCCACUCUGUGUCUCACCACUUUAAGGGUGGGAGAGUCAGACGUGACCUCCAGCCCCUUACUCCGGAGGGACAGGUUUACUACAAGAUCAACUACAAGGGUCGAGCUUUAUUGUUCAAUCUGACUGCAAACAGUCAGCUGGUUUCCAAUGACUACAUCCUGGAGAAGAGGAAUGGCAGUGCCAACAGGACUGAGCAUGGUUUGUCAGAGGGGAAUUCCUGCCACCUCCUUGGCACUGUGGAAGCCCCUGAUGUGAGAGGGACUGCUGCCAUCAGCACGUGCAAAGGACUGAGAGGCUUCUUCUCCCUGCCAGAGGGACAUCAUUUCAUUGAACCUGUCCAGAAAUCUUCAGACGAUCCUGCGGGGGCUCCAGAGCCUCACGUCAUCUAUCCAAGAGUUACUGCAGAAAGCCACAGAAGAAAACGCGACGUCGAGUCCAACGACAAACCCAGCGCCUGUGGAGUUCGAGAUGCCCCUCGUGACUCUGUCCAGGUGGAGAGGGAGAGAGAGGAGUGGGAGAGGGAGCAGCAGAACAACGAGGAUCCGGUUCAGUCCCGCUCAAAGCGCUCCGUUAGCAGAGAGCGCUGGGUGGAGACCAUGGUGGUGGCUGACGCCAAACUCAUCGAAUACCACGGAAGCGAUAAUGUGGAGUCCUACAUCUUCACCAUCAUGAACAUGGUGGCUGGGAUCUUUCACGACGCCAGCAUUGGCAAUGCCAUCCAUGUCAUCUUAGUGCGGCUCAUUCUGCUACAAGGAGAAGAGAAAGGGUUGAAGAUCGUCCACCAUGCAGACACCACUUUGGCCAGUUUCUGUGCUUGGCAGAAGAACCUAAAUCCGCAGAGUGACACACACCCGGCUCACCAUGACGUGGCCGUGCUCAUCACCAGGAAAGACAUCUGUGCAGGAAUGAACCACCCCUGCGAGACCCUGGGUCUGUCUCAUCUGUCUGGGAUGUGUCAACCCCACCGCAGCUGCAACAUCAAUGAGGAUUCGGGACUACCUGUCUCCUUCACCGUCGCUCACGAGAUGGGCCACAGCUUUGGGAUUCAUCACGACGGCCAGGGGAACGACUGCGAGCUGGAGGGGAGGCACCCGUUCAUCAUGUCCAGACAGCUGAUGUACGACAGCUCGCCUCUCACCUGGUCUCCCUGCUCCAAGGAAUACAUCACACGCUUCCUCGACCGUGGUUGGGGUUUCUGUCUGGAUGAUCGUCCUUCCAAGAAGGACCUAACCACCCCACUGGCUCGCCUCGGCAUUCGCUAUACCACACACCAUCAGUGCCAGCUCCAGUACGGACAAAAUGCAACCUUCUGCCCAGAGGUUGACAACGUUUGCCAGAUCCUCUGGUGUUCAGUGAACGGGUCGUGCCGCUCCAAACUGGACUCACCUAUUGAUGGUACUCGCUGUGGACCAGAGAAGUGGUGCAUCUCCGGAGAGUGUGUGAUUGUGGGGAAACUCCCAGAGACGGUGAACGGAGGCUGGGGGCAGUGGAGCACCUGGUCUUACUGUUCCAGGACGUGUGGAACUGGAGUUCAGUCAGCAGACAGGGAAUGCAACAACCCAAAGCCAGAGUUUGGGGGCAAGUACUGCACAGGUGAAAGGAAGCGGUAUCGCACGUGCAACACGAAGCCCUGUCAGAACCUCAAACCAACCUUCAGAGAGAUGCUGUGCAGUGAGUUUGACACUGUGCCUUACCACAACGAGCUCUACCAGUGGGUUCCCGUAUCUAAUUCAUUAACUCCCUGUGAGCUGCACUGUCGACCAGUUAAUGAGUACUUUUCCGAGAAGAUGUUUGACACCGUAACGGAUGGAACGCCGUGCUUCAUGAACAACAAGUCCAGAAACAUCUGUGUCAACGGAGUGUGCAAGGCGGUGGGCUGCGACUUUGGCAUCGACUCAAACGCGGUGGAGGAUCGUUGCGGAGUCUGUUUGGGCGACGGCACGAGCUGCGAGACCGUUUAUAAGUCAUUCGAUGAAGCAGAAGGCUUCGGGUACGUCGAUGUGGGUGUGAUACCUGAGGGGGCGCGGGACAUCCUGGUAAAGGAAGUGGAGGAGGCAGGUAACUUCCUGGCUCUCAGGAGCGUGGGGUCUGAGGAGUACUUCCUUAACGGCAACUACAUCAUCCAGUGGAAUGGGGAGUAUGAGGCCGGCGAGACGACGUUCUUCUAUGAACGCAGCGGGAACAUGGAGAACCUCACCGCUCCUGGACCCACCAAACAUCCAGUGAUGCUCCAGUUGCUGUUCCAGGAGAAGAAUCCAGGUAUUCGGUUCGAGUACACCAUCAAGAAGAUCAAAGACGCGCAAAAUGAAGUCACUGAACCUAUUUACUCUUGGAGACACGGGGCAUGGACAGACUGCAGCACCACCUGUGGCUUAGGUGAGCAAUACCAGCCUGUGCGCUGUUUUGAGACCGACAUGGGCGUCGUGGAUGAGUCUCUGUGUGACCCAGAGAGCCGUCCAGAAGACAGACACCGGAAGUGCAAGAACAUGGAUUGUCCUGCUCGGUGGUGGGUUGGGGGUUGGCAGCAUUGCACAGCCACCUGUGGUCCAGAAGGGUUGAAGAAGCGAACGGUUCUCUGUGUCCGCACCGUUUCUGGAGAGGAAAGAGUGCUCCACCCUGUGGAAUGCAAGCACCUCCUUAAGCCCAAACCUGUGGUAUCGUGCAACAGGGAGGUGCCCUGUGGACAGGAGUGGGCUGUCGGUAGCUGGGAAGACUGCCCCGUCACAUGUGGCGGAGGUGUUCGCUCGCGCACAAUCACGUGUGCUCUGGCCCCCAAAAAGACCUGUGACCCCUCAACGAAACCUAGGUCUAGAUCACUGUGCGCCUUGCAGAGCUGCCCUAACUCAAGCCUUCGCAGACGACCGGGACACCCUCCCAAUUACACCCGCAUUAACGCACCUAAGCCCCACCCCACUAAUCAUUAUGGUUCAGAUACAUGGACUCCCACGAGCACAACCUCCACAGCUUCACCUACAACCGCUGUCACUAUGGGUAAGAAAACAACCACCCAAGAGACGACGACUGCUUUAGCCCCGACCACGACAUCCACCUCAGUCCCCGAAAUCAUAGACGCUGACGACAAUUCGUUCAAUGUUGUGGUGAAGAAAAAUGGCCAUAAGGCGAAGAAAGAUUCCUCUACUAAAUCCAGUCAAAAGGACAGGAAAGCGAAUGGAAAGACAAAGGUGGAAGAGAAGGAUGAACUGGAGGAGGGAAGCACUCCGAAUGUUUUGAUGUACACUCCAGGAUACGAUUAUGUUGUUGAGGACAGGACUGCAGAAGAGGAGAGGAUCAUCGACCUUGAUGUUUUUGCCACAGCUGCAUCGCUCCCAGGUCUUUCCAAAUCGACCGCACCACAUAUUCUCAUUACACCCACUUCACACACAAGUCCACGUACCGUGCACGUGACCAGAGCACCGACCGCGGUUACCCACCCUACCCCACACACCACUACUGAAACAUGGUCAAAGACGACUCACCACAGCCCCCACACCACCUCACGUAUCAAUCCAUACAGUCAGGGGAGACACCGGGUUCCCCUCACCACUCCCGUGUACAGUCCUUCUACCACUGCUGCGUCUCCCCAGUCCACUGCCAAGGUUGUUAAAAUGAAGAAGCCCGCGGUGGCAUCCAAGAAAAAGAGUUCUGCCUCUGAUGCUAAAAAGUCCUCACCUGGACCCAAAAGUAGUCGCUCCAGGAACCCAAACCAGCGACAAGGAAGUUCAAAGAGCGGCUCAACCAGUGACCAGAACAACCUGAUGGCUAGAGAGCCGGUUACGAUGGAUUUAUACUGGGUUGUAGGAAAUUGGAGCGAGUGUUCAACGACAUGUGGAAUUGGAGCAAUAUGGAGGACAGUCCAGUGCAGCUCCAACACUGACGAGGACUGUGCCAGCAUGAAGAGACCUGAGCCUGCGCGUACAUGUCUCCUGCAGCCCUGUGCCACCUGGCAAAGUGGCAGCUGGAGCAAGUGUCCAGAUGACUGUGCGUUAGUGGGAAGGAGGUACCGCGAAGUCCAGUGUGUUGAUUCCCAGAAUCAACGUCCCCUCAGACCUUUCCACUGUCAAAAUGUGUCCAGCAGACCUCUUAGCUCCUUGACCUGCCCCAACAAGUCCUGUAUGACCUGGAGCAUAUCACCAUGGGGACAGUGCUCUGGAAGCUGUGGUGAAGGCAUCAGGGAGCGGUUGGUGUACUGUCCCGCACCUCAUCGCUGUAGCAGCACACUGAGGCCAAACAACACGGAGAUGUGCAGUUUAAGACCCUGUACUCACUGGAAGACUGAAGGCUGGGAGGAGUGCUCUGUGAGUUGUGGUGGGGGUCAGCAAGAGCGUGCAGUCAACUGUGUAAGUGAGCAGGAUUUGGCUGUAAUGCCAAACAGCCUCUGCGAGGAGAUUUUCAAACCAGAUACACUCAGGAAGUGCAAUAUGCAGGAAUGCAAGACAAACGCAGCACCACUUUGCAAGAAGAACACCAUGUCAUCUCGCUUCUGUGACAAGCUGAAGCUGUUGGGUCGCUGCUCUCUCAGGUCUGUCCAGAAACAGUGCUGUGUCACCUGUGGGCCGUAGCCAGGGCUGAAGACUCCCCCUAAAUGCAGUGUAGUUGCAUGCAGCAGGGGACACGGCAUCCACAGACUGACAAACCAAAGUGCUAAUGACCACUUCGACAAAUGCAAACAAACCUGGGUCAACCACAAGUUUUUUACCUGCAAGAUUUUUUACCAAAACUUUGAGGAUGAGCACCCGUUUGGACUGUUACAGAUGUUAGCGGUGUUCAGUCACAGCCUGCGAAAAUCUACCGUACACUGAAUGUUAGUUAAGUGGGAAAAGAAGUCACGCAAAGUAUGCAAAGCAAAAUUACUAAUUAACAGAAAAAUAAAGAAAUAAUCAAAAAGUUCCAAUCAGCUGAUCUUCCUACACAGUUCUCAUAAAUGCAGUUACGACACAAGGUACAGUUUACACCUUGAGAAGAAAAAUGCACAAAGACACAAUGGUGCUUUUAAAACAUUAUAAAGGUGCUUUUAUAAUUAAGGUGCUGAUAAUUUGUCAAUCAGCAGUAAAAUUGCCUGAUAUAUUUUUUAAGGUAAGACCAGAAUGUAAAUAAAAAUUUUUUUUUGUUAAAUUGUACUUAUAAAUCUAGCUUUUGUUCUGCUUGGAAUGUGGUAUUUCUUCUCAGAGCUGGCACUGUGUGUUUGCAUUAUCCUCGGUACAGGUUCCUGCUUCAGUCCUGUUUGUUGCGAUAAUAAUAAAUAAUAAAAUAUAUAUAUAUAUUAUAUCUGUGGGAUUCUGCAGUCAAACCUGCAGUGCUCCUCCUCUGGUGUGAGAUCUACCAAUGAGAAAGAGGUGUUGCAGGUCAUCCCUCUCAGGUCACUCUAAAGAUGGCUGCUGUGUUUGUGUGAUGUUGCGCAGGCCUUAACGCUGUCGCGCAAAAGGGACGUCACCUCGCCUGACCUGCCUUUUGCGCGCCCCCAUCAGUAAAUGUGACAGGAAAACAUGUCGGUGACAAAACUGCUUUGUAACUGAGAUAAGAAAUAAAUGUUUUUGAAUAUUU